AAAGGGAGAGAAAUUCAGGGCUCUCUACUCGCAUCUCCGGACUUACGUUCUCACUGAGCUUGGCCUGCCUCCCUCCAUCACACCAAGAUGACUUACUACUACCAGAACCAGUGUGAGGAUUCCUGCUACUCCCCGUGCAGCUACGGCACCGUGUACAGCUACCGCACCUACGACUGUGGGAGUCCCUGUGGCUACCGUGGCUACGGGGGCCUGUACGGGUAUCGCGACUGCUACCCCAGCUACAGCUCCCGCUACUACCCCUGCUCCACUCGCUACAUCCGGAGGUACAGCUAUGGGAGCUGCUACCCCUGCUACCCCUGCUAAAGGCAGAAUAGUGAUUUAUGGCUCCUGUAUGAAUUCUACCUGCAAAUAUUCCCAUGACGACAACUGCAGUCAGGAAUGUCCUGGAGCACUUAGCAACUCUCUAUAAUGUCUUCUUCUGCUUCGAAUAACCUGCUUCUAGGGUCAGUUCUUCCUUCAUAGUCUAUCUCUGUGGAUAUACUGUGUGUUUGAUGUGCAGCUUUGUGUCAGGAGAUGCAGACCAGAGCAGCCGAUCCUUGCCACACACUGUGCUGACAGCUCUGGUCCACUGAACCACUGCAGCCCCAGAGCAAAGCAUCUGUUGCGAGAUGUAGAAACUCUUUACUUCUAGAAUGUAUGAAUCUCUGGAUACUCCUCCUUGUCUACAAGCUGUAACUGCUGUAUACAGUGCUUCUUAUUCUCAUUAAAAGAUCUUGCAUCACA